AUGCAGCGCUUGUCUGUCGUUCUCCACACCGCCGUGGCGUGGCAGACGGUGAACGAGCUAGCGUGCGGGGACAGCGGCAUUGUGCACGGAGCUAAGAGGCCAAAUAUACUCUGCUUCCUCUUUGACGACUACGAUGGUGUGAACAUGAGCGUGUACCCAGGGGGGCUUGCAGCGGGCUCGCAACCCAACUUGGAGAGGGGCGAUAUGGCACCUCUUGCUAUAGCUCUGUCUGCCGUGGUGAAAGCUAUGCCCAACCAGUUCAAUGUCCCGCUUGAACACGACCGGUCGAACAUCGGUGCACUUUUGGCGGAUGCGGGCUAUGCCACGGGCUUUACAGGCAAGUUCCAUGUUGGGCCCUUGUGGACGCAAGAGCAGCUGCUUGAGUACUCCAGCGCGAACCAUAGCGACCGGUUAGGCAUGAGCAAUCUCUUCUGCCGGAAUGAGCUGACUGCUCGGGAGAUCAUCCGGCGGACAUACGGCUUCACCUGGGCGAAACAUGUCUACGACCAGAAUAUGCGUCAGCCAUUCGCAGAGCACAACCCGGACUGGACCCUCGCUGCGGCACACGAAUUUCUUGAGGCACAUCAGCAGCAGGCGUUUUAUUUACACGUGUGCACUACCCUGAUGCAUGGGACUCCAGGAAGUUGGGCGCGGGCGCUGGACUUUCCAGCCGUCUCGGGGGAGGGGCUUCUUGGUGAAAGCACGCUGCCGCGAAGAUAUAAUGUGACACCUUUAGGCACUUACGGACCGAUCUAUAGCUUGCUUUAG